AUGACGGAGAAGUUAGCUAGAUAUGGCUAUACAAAUGUAAAGUGUAUCGAUUCAACUGGAACGACAGGAGGCUUUUGCGUAGGAUGGAAAGCGGGGCUUAAUAUCCAAGUGAUCGAAGUGUUUCUGUCUGGUUUUAGUCUUCUUGUCGAUGAUGAACCAGGAUUGCCCCCGUGGAUGUUGUUCUGUAUCUAUGGCACCCCGUAUCAUCGACACAAAAGAUCUUUCUGGAGAUGGCUUACAAGUGUUGUUCAAAACUGUAAAAUGCCGUGGGCUCUCAUUGGUGACCUGAAUGUAAUCUUGGAGGCUGACGAGAAACUAGGAGGCAAUCAUUUUGGAAAUCGGGAAGGGGAAAUCCUUCAGAACUUCCUUAUGGAUUGUGAUGGCAUUGAUCUCGGGUUCAUUGGUCAGACUUUUACUUGGAAUAACGCCAGGGAUGCAUCGAACAGGGUUCGAAAACGUUUAGAUAGAGUUGUGGCAAACUCGGAUUGGUGUGUUCGUUUUGCUCAUGCUGGGGUAGUUCAUUUCCCGAUUCUUCAUUCCGAUCAUGCUCCUCUAAUUCUUGAUUCUCGAAGGAAUGAACAAAAACGAAGGUACCCUUUCAGAUUUCUGGAGGUUUGGACGUCUGAUGAGUCCUGUGGGAAUACGAUUAGAAAAGCCUGGGAUAAUCCUUGUGAAGGGCAUCAUAGUUUUCGGGUUAUGAGGAAGCUUAAUUGGGCUAAGACGGCUUUGAAGAAAUGGAACUGA